AUGAAAACUAGAUUUUAAUAUUCACUAUUUUAAGCUGAAAAGAAAUAUUUCAAGACCAAGUAUCUUGUCCUUUCUUUCCUGUUUAAUAUAUUAACAUAUAUAAAUAGUAUUUUUUUUAGGAAAGCAGACAUAAAAGCCAAUUUGAUGGAAUAAGAUGAGGAUUGCAAGAUGAGGAAAAUUAAAAAAGAAAAUUAUAUAAAAGAAAUCAAAGAAAGAAAGAAAAAAAUAAUAAUAAAUUAAUAUGAAUAAAUAAAAAAUAUAAAAUAAUAGAAAAUAAAAUAAAAAAAAUAAGAAAAAGAAAGAUAAAUAAAAUUAACAACAAACAUAAAAUGUAUUUAUGAAAUUUGUGAUGAGAGCAAAACUAAAAAUAAAUCAUACCAUUUUAAAGAAUAAAUUUAAUAAAAAUUCAGAUAAAUAAAAAAGGAAUUAUGA